AUUUUAUAGGGGUUUGGGAUAAGGCAUGAGGUGACACUGACACCAGGAGAUUGCGGGUACCACUACAUGAGGGCCUGAAAUGCGAUCACUUAUUGCCGAUGAAUCAAGUGGGACCCCAAAUAAAAUAAGUCUUUGGGCGCCGCACAGACGCUGCUGACACGAAUGCUGACGUCUAUAGAAACAGCGCGCUGCACGUGACUGGAAGUAAGGGGCGGACAGGAAGUCAAGAUGGCGGCGCUCCGGGUGUAUUUCUGCGGGAGUAUCCGCGGCGGGAGGGAGGAUCAGGCUCUCUACGAGCGGAUUGUGCGGGAACUGCGCCGCUACGGGACCGUCCUUACCGAGCAUGUGGCCCGGCCGGAGAUUGGGGUUCGGGGGGAAGAUGCAGAGGCCCUCGGGGACAAGUUUAUCCACGAUAGAGAUAUGGACUGGCUGAACCAGGCGGAUGUUGUGGUGGCAGAGGUGACCCAGCCGUCCCUGGGGGUGGGCUACGAGAUUGGCAGAGCAGUGGAUAUGAACAAGCGGAUCCUGUGCCUGUUCCGACCCUCCAGUGGCAGAGCUCUCUCUGCGAUGAUCCGAGGGGCCCACAAUGGGAAGAAUGUGCUGGUGACAAAUUAUGAUCCUGCUGAGUUGGCGAGAAUCCUGGACCAAUAUUUUGCAGCCAUGUUUCCAGAAUUAGAAUUGAGGAAAUGACUUGUUUGUGAUUUUUCUAAUAAAAUGAUUUUUUGAUAAA